GCGCUCCUCCUGGUACACACACCUCAACACGCACCCGGGAGCAGCACCGCACAGCAGGAGGAGCUCAGACCCGAAGUUCACUGAGGAGCAGAAAGUGACAGAGGACCAGUGGAGAACCAGUGGAGAACCAGUAUAGGACACCACAGCUGCCGGGACAGAACCUUGGACUUUCACUCCUUCUUGCUCCGGAGUGAUUUUGAUUUCCUUGAGGAACUCUGAGCUGCUGAAUGAUCUCAGCUCACUGUGACAUUUGUUGAUUUCCCCGGACCCGGUGUUUCCAGAUCAGCUGGUAAGGCUUCAGCUCCUUUUCCCUCCCUACACGACUUUAUGUCUACAAAGAUGGAGCAGCCGUUCUACCACGACGACUCCUUCCUGUCGGCGUACGGCCACUCGGAAGCAGCCAUGCACGACUACAAGCUGCUGAAGCAGAACAUGAACCUGAACUUGUCCGAGUCGUAUCGCAGCCUGAAGAGAGCCGAGGCGGAGCACUACCAGGGCGCGCACCACCAGGGGGCGCACCACCACCAGGACCUGGGCUCCCUGAAGCUCGCGUCCCCGGAGCUGGAGCGGCUCAUCAUCCAGAACAGCAACGGGGUGAUCACCACCCCCACGCCCGGUCAAUACUUCUACAACCGGGGCAUCACGGACGAGCAGGAGGGCUUCGCGGAGGGCUUCGUGAAGGCGCUGGACGAGCUGCACCAGAUGAACGAGAUGCCUCCACCCAACGUGUCCAUCGGAGCCGGGGGAGUCACCUGCUCAGUGGCGGCCCCUAGCGGCUUCGGCUCCGCGCUGCAGCCGGAGCCUCCCAUCUACACCACGCUGAACGCGUACUGCCCGAACCCGAGCCUCUCCUCCGCCUCCAGCUUCCCCAGCGCCACCAUCAGUUACCUGCCUCCAUCGCACCAGCACCCCCCCCACCUGCAGCCCUCCGCGCACGGCGUGCAUCACUUCGGGCACGCGCUCCCGGGCUCCGGGCUCCAUCCUCAGCGGCUCCUGUCCCUGAAGGAGGAGCCGCAGACGGUCCCGGACCUCCUGAGCAGCGACGGCUCCCCCCCCAUGUCCCCCAUCGACCUGGACACCCAGGAGCGGAUCAAGGCCGAGCGCAAGCGGCUGCGGAACCGCCUGGCGGCCACCAAGUGCCGGCGGCGCAAGCUGGAGCGCAUCUCCCGGCUGGAGGACAAGGUGAAGGGACUGAAGACAGACAACAUGGGUCUGUCCAACACGGCUUCCGUCCUGCGGGACCAGGUGGCCCAGCUCAAGCAGAAGGUGCUGACCCAUGUGAGCAGCGGCUGCCAGCUGAUGCUCACCAGCAAGAUGGAGGCGUUCUGAGCCCCAGAGACUAAAAGAGACUGAGAAGUAGAAACACUGGAGUCACGUUCUGCAGAAGCAGCACUGGAUUACCGGCUGGUGGGUUGUCUGGGGGGGUGAAGACAACUCUGAUGAGGCUAUGUGGGGGGGUGAAGAGACUGAUUGAAAUGGUACUUCCGGCUGCUGGACACCUCAAGGGACCAUUGAACCCUAGAACCCAGGGCCGCAUCCAGACCGAGCAGACACUGAGCAACACGGGCCCCACGCGGGCUCACUAAUGGUAGAAAAAUGGGAAAAAUGAUAUUUGUACUUUUUGCAGCUGAUGUCGUCAAGAAACGCUGCAUUUAUUCAUUGUGUAAAUUAUUCUGUUUGUCCGGUUGAUCCAGACAAACUUAAACACAUCCAAUGUUUACAAUGUAUUUUUUAUUUUGUCUUGUGUAUUUAAGUAAAGUAUCUUGAAAUGAAA